UUACUGCCCAACACAAUACGGUCACUCACAUGUAUUAGUAAUCUAUUUUUUGGAAAAACAAAUGUUUACAUCGCAUAGUUAGCCACAAUGACUGAUUUCCAAUGGCCCUGGGAGUACUCUUUCCCACCUUUCUUCACUUUACAGCCCCAUGAAGAAACCAGGCAACAACAACUAAAGGUCUGGACGGAUCUGUUUUUGAAAUACCUCAAGCAUACGAAUAAGUUUGCCGUUAGCAUCAAUGACCAGAACUCUCCGUUGUUCCACAACGAAUCUCUCAAGCGCAGACUUUCCUCAGAGCUCAUCCUGGCGAUCCUGGGCGAGCUGGAAAGGAGUGGUCACGCCAGUCCCCUGGACAAGCGCCGCCAAGAGUGGCAGGUGUACUGGCAUACUCUGGAGGAGUACGGAAACCUGGUGUACGAUUGGAUACAGGAAACUGGCCAAACGAACAGCAUCUGCACGCUCUACGAGAUUGCGGCCGGGGAGAACACCACCCACCUCGACUUCCACGGUGUGGAUGAAGCGGUGCUGCUGAAUGCCCUGAGACUACUGGAGGAGAAGGGAAAGUGUGAGCUGAUCGAAAUGGACGGCAGUCAUGGUGUCAAGUUCUUUUAAUUCUUUUGUUCCCAUUGCUAAGUUUGCCGUUAGUGUGAUUUUCAAGAUAAUACCAAUUUUUUUUUCAGUGCAUUAAAAGAUAAAUAGUAAGCCAUAAAUAUAUUAUAACUAUUACAUGUACAACUAUUAAAGCCACAAUAUUACAAUUUUAAUUGUAUUUUAAA